AUGUUAAAUACACUUCCGAUUGGCCUCAACACGUUAGGGGUAUCGCUCGUACGGAUAGAUUUCGCUCCGGGAGGGCAGAAUCCGCCGCACACGCACCCACGCGCCACCGAGAUCCUCGUGCUGGUCGAAGGAACGCUCCUCGUGGGAUUCGUGUCGUCGAAUCAGGACAAGAACAGGUUGUUCUCGAAGGUUCUGUACCCGGGCGACGUGUUUGUGUUCCCCAUCGGUAUGAUUCAUUUUCAGGUGAACGUUGGGAGGACAAACGCGGUCGCGUUUGCUGGUCUCGGAAGCCAGAAUCCCGGCGUGAUUACGAUCGCAGACGCUGUUUUCGGGUCGAAGCCUCCGAUUGUUCCUGACGUUUUGGCUAGAGCGUUUCAGUUGGACGUUAACGUUGUUCGGUACCUCGAGGCAAGGUUCUCGUCCGGCGGUCCUCCUUAUUAA